CGCCGCUCUCUCCAUCGCAGCCCCACCCUGCCGACCCGCCGCUCCGACCAUGGCGACCGCCGUGCUGCCGGCGCCCGCGCCGCUGACCUCGUCGGUCGGGCUGCUCGCGAUGCUCGAGGAGAGCGAGACGCAGAUCAAGGUGCACGCGCUGCAAAAGCUCGAGCGCGUGGUGCCCGACUUUUGGGCCGAGAUCUCCGAGUCCCUUCCCGACAUCGAGGCGCUCUACGAGGACGAGGCCUUCCCGCAGCGGCGCCUCGCCGCGCUCGUCGCCUCCAAGGUGUACUACUACCUCGGCGAGUACGCGGACGCGCUCGUCUUUGCGCUCGGCGCCGAGACGCUCUUCAAUGUUGACGAGGGCUCCGAGUACGUCGACACGCUGCUCGCAAAGGCGAUUGACGAGUACUGCAAGCAGCACCAGCAGCGGUACGAGGCGGCCACGGGGUCGCAGGAGGAGGGCGGGUCGAGCACGGCGGCAGAGGCGCCGAUCGACCGCCGGCUCAUCGAUCUCGUCGAUCGGAUGGUCGAGUCUUCGCUCGAGCGGCGCGCGUACCAGAUGGUGAUGGGGCUGGCGCUCGAGGCGCGCCGCACCGACCUCAUCGAGCGGAUCAUCCUGCUGUGCGACGCGAAGCCGGGCGAGCUCGAGCACGACGCCUCGACGAUCAAGAUGCUCGAGUACUGCUUCGGCCUCUUCUCCUCCGCCGUCGUGCCACGCUCCUUCCGCGCCACCCUCAUCGCCCUGCUCGUCACCAUCUACCGCGGCCUGCCCGCGCCAGAGUACCUCGGCCUCGCGCGCUGCUUGGCGCAGGCGGGCGACGCGGCGGGCGUCGCCGCGAUCCUGUCGCAGCUCAUCGAGAGCGAGAGCGCCGAGGCGCGCCUCGCCGCCUUCCAGAUCUCCUUCGACCUCGUCGACAACUGCACACAGGCCUUUCUCAAGCUCGCGCACGCCAACCUCCAGCUCAUCCUCUCGGGCGAGGCGUCGAUCGGGCUGAGCCUCGAGUUCCUCGUCCGCUCAAACAAGACCGACACCCUGAUCCUGACCGGGAUGAAGAAGGCGGCCGACCAGCGCAACUCGCUCUGCCACUCGGCGAUCGUCCUCGCGCACUCGCUCAUGAACGCGGGCACCACCGCCGACUCGUUCCUCCGCGACAACCUCGAGUGGCUCUCGCGCGCCACCAACUGGGCAAAGUUCUCCGCGACCGCCACGCUCGGCGUCAUCCACCGCGGCCACGUCAAGCAGGCGCUCUCGCUGCUGGCGCCGUACCUGCCGCAGGCGGGCAUGUCCGCCUCGCCGUACUCGGAGGGCGGCGCCCUCUUCGCACUCGGCAUCAUCCACGCGAACCACGGCCACUCCAUCCGCGCCUACCUGCUCGACGCGCUGCGCAGCGCCGGCACCAACGAGGUCGUGCAGCAUGGCUGCGCGCUGGGGAUCGGCAUCUCGAUGAUGGGCUCCGAGGACGAGGACCUCUACGAGGAGCUCAAGGGCGUCCUCUUCAACGACUCGGCCGUCGCGGGCGAGGCGGCCGCCCUCGCGAUGGGACUGCUCAUGCUCGGCUCGGCGUCGCCAAAGGCGAUUGAGGAGAUGCUCGGGUACGCGCACGACACGGCGCACGAGAAGAUCAUCCGCGGGCUCGCGAUCGGCAUCGCCCUCUGCAUGUACGGGCGCGAGGAGGAGGCGGACCCGCUCGUGACGACGCUGCUGCACGAGCAGGAGCGAGAGCCGCUCGCACACACGCCGCCUCUCGACCCGAUCCUGCGCUACGGCGCCAUGUACACGAUCGCGUUUGCGUUUGCCGCGACCGGCUCCAACGCGGCGCUGCGAAAGUGCCUGCACGUGGCCGUGUCGGACGUGUCGGACGACGUGCGCCGCGCCGCCGUCAUCGCCAUCGGCUUCGUGCUCGCCAACACGCCCGCGCAGUGCCCGCGCGUCGUCAAGCUGCUCGCCGAGUCGUACAACCCGCACGUGCGGUACGGCUCCGCCUUCGCGGUCGGCAUCUCGUGCGCGGGGUCCGGCUCCAAGGAGGCGCUCGAGCUGCUCACGCCCAUGCUCUCCGACCCCGUCGACUACGUGCGGCAGGGCGCGCUCCUCGCCUCGUCGAUGGUGCUCAUGCAGAGCGCAGACCACAAGGCGGACUCGAAGCUCUCGAAGCACCGCGAGGACCUGCGCAAGGUGGUCGGCGACAAGCACGAGGACACGAUGACCAAGUUUGGCGCCAUCGUCGCCACGGGCCUCCUCGACGCGGGCGGCCGCAACGUGACCAUCGGCCUCACCUCGCGCACGGGCAACAAGAUCAUGCCCGCCAUCGUCGGCAUGGGCAUCUUCUCGCACUUUUGGUUUUGGCACCCGCUCCUCCUCUUCGUCUCGCUCGCCUUCACGCCAACCGCCGCCAUCGGCCUCAACGCCGACCUGCGCAUGCCGCAGUGGCGCUUCAAGUCGGGCGCGCCGCCCUCCGCCUUCGCCUACCCGCCGCCAACCUCUAACGAGAAGAAGGAGGUCGCGCGGACCUCGCCGCGCGCGACGCCAUGCUGGUGCGGGGCCCGAGCCGCGCCCUGCCCCGCCCCCCCCUCUCCCCCGACCCGGCCCGGUCACGCGCGCUCUCAGGCGAAGCUGACGGAGCUGCACAAGCGCGGCUCGCUCUCGGGCGUGCUGCACGCCUCGCUCACGGGCGUCGCCGCCAAGAGCGAGGGCGGCGGCGCGGGGGACGCCGGCGACGCGAUGGACACGUCCGCCGAUGCAGGCGCGGCUGGUAAGCCGUCGCUGGAGGCGCUGGUGGGCGAGGUGCGGGAGGCGCACGCGCGGGGAGACAUCUCGACCGCGGCGGUGGCGGCGGUGCUCAAGCUGCAGCCCGACAAGGCGGACGAGGCCGAGUUCGACUUUGAGGUGCUCGAGAACCCGUCGCGCGUGCUUCGCUCGCAGGAGCGCUUCUGCUCGCUGCUGCCGGCGUCGAGGUACGAGCCCGUCGCCAAGGGUCGCACGUCCGGGGUCAUCAUGCUCAAGGACACGGCGCCCGACGCGGAGGAGGAGCUGCUGCCGCUGCCGGCGGCGCUCGCCGCGGCGAGCGAGGGGGCGGAGGAGGAGGAGCCGGCGCCGCCAGAGCCGUUUGAGCUCCCCGCCUGAUGAGGGAGCCGCCCGGAGAGUACCAUGGACGUGUCGGGGAUCUCUCCUCGCGCGGGACCGCCAUCCGGCCGUUUUGGUGCGGGACGGGGACGUGGGCGCACCUCCCCGCUCGCAAUAUGCUUGCGCGCGGGCCCUGUGCCGGCAAGCGGGGGGCAACUGAGCUAGUGCAUACGGCGCCCCCGCCGCCUGGGAGAUGUUAUGUGACGCGAGCACCUAGACACUAAAAUCAUCUGACAAGUCUCAAGAGUCAAGUGAGCAGGCGAAAAAUAAGAUAUAUUUAAUUC